AUGCGGAUCGGCGGGCGCAUCAUGGGGAUGUUGGGGGUCGUGGCGGCUCUGACGAUGGAAGGAGGAUUGGGAGGAGGAGGAGGAGGAGGAGGAGGAGGAUGUCGGGAGCAGUCGUGGAGUUCGUGCAUGAUGCGAGUAGGGAGCGGACAAAGUCUUGGGCAAGGAUCCUUGAGGGCGUUUCAGCGCAUUGGUGCAUGGAGGACCAUGUUGUGUUGUAUGAAGAGAGAGUGCGGUAGGGAAGUCGCUCUUCUGAGGAUGGAGCUCGAGCUUCAGUCCAUGUGCAGAUGUAUGGCAUUGCGAGGAGCUAGGAAUACCAAGCAGCUCGCAAAGCCCGGGUUGCGCGUUCGUUCGGGCAUGCAGAUAGGAACACGUCAUGGCAGCAUCAAGGUGGGCAACAAGGGCGACUUGCUGGAGUACAAGAAGCGGAAGCGGCUGAAACAAGUUCGGAGGAAGCAGCGUCAGGAGAGGGAGGAGAUACUGAGGACGAAGCAGGAACGCAAAGAGAUUGGGGUACUCACCGCAAUUGCGUUGAGUGCCAGGCUACAGGACGAGGACACGCUGGCAGACCUGCGGCGACUGAACAAAGCAGGGAAAAAGUGCCUGAGAGAUCUCUUGGUCAACGAGACGGCAGCGAUCGAAGAGUUCGAGCGAGCGCUUUGGAUUCCGCCGAGGGUCAGGGAGGCUUCGGGGGCAUCGGAGUCCCUGGUUGCUCUCCCGUGUGAUUUUGAGGACACGCCGGAGAACAGAGAGGCGAGGAGGGAGUAUCGGAGAAAGUACAACAUCAGCAAGCACAUGGGGUUGUGCUUUGAACCGCAGCAGCCCAGGAGCCAGUUGGAAGCGAUGGUAGACGAGGACAGUUCAGAGGAGGUCUCGGCGCCGGACUUUGACCAGGCCAUCUACUUCGACCGUUCUAUCUUCGAGAACCCGGAGGGAGACAAGAAUAAUCCGCACAGGGAGGGAGCAGAGUGGGGGAAGAAGUUCCUGGAGAGCAUAGGGGCUGAGGUAGCAAGUCAGACCUCCUUGGAUAUGGACCGGCCGUUAGUGUUCGACCCUCUGGAGGAGGGGUGUAUCAUCCCCCGCGAGAAGCUAGAGGAUCAGAAGUAUCACUUCGAGAAGAAGCUGGGGUAUCGGUGGGCGCAGCGGUUCCCGCGGUACAGGGAGUUCAUCAAGCGGGAGAUCCGGAGGCUGGACAUUCUCAUCCCCGAAGCAAGGCCGAUGGAUGUGCCGGAAGAUGAGUGGGUCCCGCCCAGAGACUGCGUUCGCUACCUCCGAGAUGGAUACAUCCCGAUGCCUGCUGGUGUGAGCAUGGAGAACAACCAAGAGGAGCAGUACAGCGAAAAGAUGCAGAAAGGGCUGAAGCACUUCUGGGACCUGGUGCAUGCGGGGAAGAUACCGAAGCCGGACUUGCGUCAGACAGAGGCUGAGAUGCAGGAUGUGGUGGAGGAGGAGCUGAAGGAGGAGGAUAUCCGGAGAUUAGACGAGGAGCAGGAGGCUGAUCAUGCCCAUGAGCAGGCAGAGGAGAGAGGGAUCCCAAAGGAGAAGCUUGACCGCCUGAUGGAACUUGGAUACAACGGGUCCACUGCUCUCAAGGUGUUGGAUUGGAUUCAGGACCUGUCGGAGCAGAAGAUCGACUGGACAGCCUUCGCCAUCCCCGAGCUGUGGCGGAACAGCUGGCAAGGAGUGAAGACGAGGAGGUCGAGGGAAGUGGAGCAGAGGGGCUUGCAUGUGGAGGAAAUAACACUCAGUGCGUCCGAUCGGAACAGCGAGAAGACGAUCACUGACCUGGUGUACCACUUCCCGCCCAGGGAGCGAGUCAAAAAGGCGAGCCCGGUCGUAGGUGUGAGCUACGAAUGGCUGAGAGACCUGGCCUCGGACAAUCUUGCCCAGUACGAUGAGACGGAGCUGAACUCUGCCAUGUUCUGUCUGGACUACGUCGCAAGAUCGUUCUUCUCUUGUCCUCCUCCUCCUCUGACAGAGGAGAUGAUGCUCAAACCAUCGUCAGGACAACCGCGGCAGCGACGAAGAUCGCAGAAGCAAGACGGCAACCAGAAGCCUGCUGCUGAGGCCGCUGAAGAUCUCAAGGCCCUCAUCCGAUACCUGUACAGCAGGCCUCGCAAUUUGCAGGCGCAGCCGCCAAACUCCUUCGACUCCAAGUUUCCACUCCGCCAUCUGGUCUCACCGGAGCUGGGAGAUCUGCUCGAGAUGCUGCUGGAAAAUGGUGACGAGCAGGCACUUGAUGUGUUGACGGAUGACAAGUGCACGACCAAGAUACGAGCAAGUGAUCAUAACGGCUGCCUGCUCGCUACAGAGGCGCUCAGGGACCAGGUCAAGGCCAAGAUCCGUUACAUCUUCCAAAAGCUAGCGAGCUCAAGAAACUGCCCUGAGGAGCUGAAGUCGAAGAUCCAAGAGCAGUGGUUGAAGCCUUCAGCUGCGGACAAGGAUGAACUGGCCAACAAGUUGGACGCCAGGGAAGUUGAGAAGAUGAAGGGGAGGUUGCGGCACGUCAAGAGGUCUCUUGCAGAUCUCAAGAGGAAGAAGCGCUUCAAAAUGAGCCUCGGCAAGCUGGAGAGGAAAAUCAUCACGAUCAGGAUCAGGAAAUUCAGAGCGGAAGCUGAGAAGAUCAUGGCGGCCAUGGCUGAGUACUUCGACUCUAUUGCGGACGCCAAAUCCCUCUCCCUACCUCCUGGCGAUACCCUUCCAUGCCAGCAGCACCGCCUGGAGGACGACGAUGACAUCAGCUGGAGGAUCUUCCCAGCCACCUCCGAGCAAAUUUUCUUCGACGACUGGACGGAGGAAGAAGCUGAGAAAUGUUUGUGGCUGCCUGCCGUUGGAGUCGAGAAGCACCUGCUGCCGUUUGACAUAGUCGGAUCUCAAUUCUUCGAGAAGUUCGACGUGCAAGUGGAGCUGGACGCUCGUCCCCACAAGGGCAAGCUUGUCAAGGGGAGGGGCCUGAUGGAGGUCAACCUGACCCGCGAACUUCCUGAUGCUGGUGCGUCUCAAACAUCUACCAUGACCCUUGCGGCUGAUGAAGCAUACGACGUCCAGGAGGGAUCCCCACAUCCCUUGUUCUUCUGGAGGGUCCGUAUCAAGGGACCCUUGAAGGCUGCGAGGGAGGCAAAGGAAGCAGUGCUCUCCCUCCUCUUCAGCCCCAUCCGCACAGAUCACAUUCCAGAAGAAGCAUGGGAAGAGUUCCUGAAAUGCCGAGAGUGGUAUUACGGGCACAGGUGGUCGAUUCAGUUUCACAGCAGAUACAAUCGGAAAGACGUCUUCCUAUCCAACCUGCCAAAAACUUCUCAAUUCUGGUGA